UGUCAGGAUACUAGUACUAUAGUUGGAAUGUCACUUGAGAGAGGGACGUCUAUGUCUGGCACACAGACGAGGGAUAUUGGCACAGCUACAAAUUCCACAACAUGUAGUAGAAAUUGUUUAGCUACAGAAGGAUGUAAUCAGUGGUCAUUCUUUACUGAGGGACGUGAGAAGAUGGCAUGCGGACAAAAGAAUGCAUACAAAAUCAAGAGAUCGUCGGUAUAUGAUUCCGGAGAAAAGAUUUGUUUUGAAGGCAGUGCUGUAGCAAAUCCGUGUCAUUUUGAAUUGAAUUUUACGGAUCCGAUGUAUAUUACCAGUCUAUACUAUCCAGAAGCCCACCCACCAAAUAUGAAAUGUUCCUGGAAAAUUAACUUCUACAUGUACAAAUCUGUAAAAGUGACAUAUCUUACUUUGAAUAUACCCACACCGAAUCAAGAUAAAGUAAGUGAUCAUUCAUUCAUUCAUUCAUUUAGAUCUGAAAUAAAAAGUAUCAAAUAAUGUUUUUGU